AUGGGUGUUCUUUUUGAACCUGCUAAAAUUAUACCUAUGUCCGCACCAUAUACAGAAGCUAGUGAAGGUUCCAUGACAGUUCACAACAAUACAAAACAUGAUAUUAAAAUCAAGGUGAAGGUCACCGAGUCACUACUCUUUGCUGCCAAACCAAAUAUAGCUUUAGUCAACGCUGGCUGUGUUCAGAUCAUUAUAUUCAGAUAUAGACCACCUCUGAUUGACUUUCCCAUCAAACCAAAGUCACAGAUACAAUAUAUAGAACUUAAUGGUAUAUCAGACAGCGAUGAUAUUUUCGAGGACCAUACCGAUAAAAUACAACAAAAGAACUUCAGAAUGGCAUUUCCUGAAUCCGAACAGAAGUACACCAAUGUCGACAAGGUAAUCAACAAUACUUGAGGAUCCAGGUAUUGCAGAGUAUUCCUUUAUUCUGCAGACAUUGAAUCGGUAUUUAAAGUUUGACUACUUGUUGGCAAAUUUGGUCUAUACUGUACACUAUAGGUCUACAACACUGUUAUACAGAUUGACAGAAUUGAAACUGUUUCAGUGUUCAUCGAAGCUUUCAUUACAAUGUCAUGUAUGUGUAACGCAAAUAAAAGCAGCA